GGGGGUUUCGGUCGCCCCUCCCCCCCCCCACUAUCGCGAUAUUCUCUCUCCGCCCCUCCCCCCACUCCAUGGACAUGUUGGACCCCGGGCUGGACUCGGCCGGAAGCGCCGCCCCCAGUCAGGAGAAGCAGCAGGAGAACGAGGAGGGGGCGGAGCUGCACGAGGGUGAGGCCCCCCCAGGUGAGGGCUCCGUCGCCGUCGCCGCCGUUCCCGGAGCCCCCGGGGCCUUCGCUGAGGGGGGGCUGCAAUAUCAGUUCAGGAGUGACACAAAUGGACAGGUGCUCCAGAACCCCUUCAGCAACGGGGGCAGCCCCGGCAGCGAGGGCGGGGGAGGCCGGCUCACCUGGGGGGGGGAGGGGGCGGUGGCCGUGCAGGCUGACCCCGCCCUGGGCCAGGCUGGAGGUCAGUUCUACGUGAUGAUGACCCCUCAGGACGUGCUGCAGGCGGGGGGAGGGGCCCCGCGCGGCCUCGGCCCCCACGGCCACCCUACUCACCGUGAGAAGCUGGAGGGGCCGCGAGUGCCGCGGGACGAGCGACGGCGAGCGCAGCACAACGAGGUGGAGCGGCGGCGCCGGGACAAGAUCAACAACUGGAUCGUGCAGCUCUCCAAGAUCAUCCCCGAGUGCGGCGCCGACGGCGGCAAGGCCGGGGCGCAAGGGCGGAUCCUGUCCAAGGCGUGCGAUUACGUGCGGGAGCUGCGCCAGAGCAACGCCCGCCUGCAGGAAACCUUCAAGGAGGCCGAGAGGCUGCAGGUGGACAACGACCUCCUGCGCCAGCAGGUGGAGGAGCUGAAGAGCGAGAACGCCGCGCUCCGGGCGCAGCUGCAGCAGCGGGGGCUGGGCGGGAACCACGAGGGAAUCAAUCAAUAAUCCAUUUAUUCAUUUGGAA